UUAUUCUAUGUUAGAUAGUCAUUGGCUAUGCCAUGCGUAACAACGGUUAAAUUUGAAAAUAUAAAUGUUGUUUAUCAAAUGAACUGCGACAAAGAUUAUUAUUUUAAUUAGAGAAGUGAAAAAUAUUAUAUAAAACAAAAUGAAACGACGUUCUUCAUCAAAUCCACCGGAUCGUUCGGAUAGUCACAGAAGAACAACUCAACUUCAAAAAUAUAGAGGUUCAUCAGAUGGUUCUCAUAUUCCUCGACCUCGAAUAAGAAGUUUAUCAACAGAUCGACUUAGUGGUAGAAAAUCAAAUUUAAUAAAACAAUCAGGAAAAGUUUCAAUAGGACAUUAUGGUUUGGCAACACCAAGUAGAGCAUCCUAUGCACCACGCUCUGCAAUGUUAUCAAUGUCAGUCCAAAGAAAUACACGUUCACCAUCUGCCGAACGUGCCGGUAUGCUCGUUGGAAAAGCACCUCGCAAAGAUACAAGACCAAUAGCCGAUAAAGCAUUUCAAACAUUAAUGAUCAAAAAAAUUGAAAAUUAUUUUCAUAAUAUUCAACAAAGUUCUAUGCUCAAUACAAAUGGUAGUUUAAAGCCAUUGUCUAUAAAAAUGUUUGUCGAUAUGUCAGGUUUACUCGUUGGACUAUUGGGUAUUAAACAUACAUUAAAUACCAUAAAUUAUGUCGAGGAAAUACCAAAAAUUGCCAAGAAACUUAAUUAUAUGGGACAAAUGACAAAGGCCUGGUUAAAAACGGCAAAUGCAAUGCACGGUUUACCAAAUUCAUUAGCAUGGUUAAGUUGGCUCGUUGAACUUUGUGAAUUAAAAGAUCUUGCAUUUGAACAAUUUUCAUUGAAAAAUUUGCCAUUUUUAAAUGUUAACGAUCAAGCAGCAAAAAAUCGUAAUUUAUUUCUCUCAAUGAUGGAUUGGUAUAUUGCAUGGAAUGAAGAUGCACAACUUGAAGAGACACUUGUCGAAGAAUAUUUACAAGAUGAAGAAUCACAUUAUGAUGUUAGCGAUGAAACAUAUCAACGUGCAAAAGCUGAUUAUGAAAAUAAAUUGCGUGAAUUUGAAAAAGAAGAAUUACGAAUUCAAUUAGAUAUUGAAACAAAAAAAUUAAAUGAUAUUUUAACUAAUUUAAAACAAGACAAUAAUAAUAUUGAUGAUUAUUUUUUGGAACAAAAUCAACAUAUCAAAAAUCUUGAUGAUGAAAAUGAAAAAGUUGAAAGAGAUUGUAAUAUAUUAGAUGAUGAUAUUGAAAAAAAUUUACAACUACAAGAAAAAUUAAAACUCACUAUUGAUCAACAAAAAAUAACAAUUGAAGAACGUGAUGAAAUUGUUGCCAAAUGUAAUGAUAUAAAAAAAUUUUUAAAAGAAUAUUCCAAUCAUGUCGAUGAUAUUCAAAAGGAUGUCUAUUCACGUGAUAUUAAAUUGGCAUCGUUAAAUCAUAAUUUAACAAAAAUUGUUUUAAAAUAUAAUCGCGAUUGUCAUAAUUCAUUUGUUGGAAUAACAGGUGUUGAUAUAACAAAAAUUGAAUUACCAGAAAAUAUAUCGUCAACAUUGUCAAUAGAUAUUUUAAAAAAUGUCUCAAAAGAAUUGACAAUAUUAAAAACGAAAAAAGAAAAAGAAUUACAUGAUGUGGAAAAAUUAAUUGUUGAAAAUAAUGUUGAAUUACAAAAUUUAGAAAAGAAAUUGUCAAAAGUUAUGGAAUCUGAAGAGGAUAUGGGGAGAAAAUCAGAGGAGAUUGAAAUUGAAAUUAAUGAAAUUGUUGCACAAGGAAAAUUAGAAGAGGCCGAUAUACGUGAGAAAAAUAAAAAAUUAGAGGAAAAAAUUAAAUUAAUUCAAGAAUCGCGAGUUGAUUUAGUUAAAUUAAAUAAUGAAUUAGAGGAAGGAAUAGAUAAAUUGAAUUCAUUAAAAAGACGAAAAGAAUAUUUAGAGCAAAAUGCGUGUAUAUUUUUUGAAAAUUUCUAUUCUAUUCUCGCUGGGUUGAGGAAAGAACGUGAACAAUUUCUUAUAAAAGAUUGAAUCUUUUUAUUAACAUAAUUUUUGUACAUAAUUAUAAAAAAAAAUUUACCCUUUCUUUUAAAUACUCAGUUUUAAAGUUUAUAAUUAAAAAAAAAAAAUGUAAUAAAUAUGUAAACUUGUAUUAUUAUUAUUCUUAUUAUUA